AUGAUUCCCAUGGGUGGUCCAAUGCAAGUUGUUGGGCCACCUACGCCCGAGAUGCAAGAGAAGUUGCGAAAGAUUCGUUUCUGUGUCAUUGGAACUUUCAUCGGUGCCAUCGGAAGAUUUUGCACGGGAGAUACCCCCGUGAACGAUUUGCUGUGUGCUAUCGUUGGCAUCUUUUUACUGAAUGAUGAUCCAAACGUGGCACCCUGCUAUGCUUGUUUGGCCAGUAGCCCCUUGGGGCAGUGUAGCAUGGGAGGACAUGGCUUGAGCUGUGCCAUGACUUAUGCCUUUCUGGCCGGCUUCAACGCCAUCUUUCUACUCUUCAAGCUGUUUUCUGAUGGACCUUUUGUCUUUGUGUCCUUUGGAAGUCAAGUUUGUGGUGCCUUCCUGGGGACGAAGUUGAAUGCCAUGGUCUCUGCCAUGAUGCCCGAAAUGGCCAUGCCGCUGCAGGGCCUGGGGCCCAUGGGCCCCGGCCCUGGUGGCCCUGGUGGCCCUGGCGGCCCUGGUGGCCCUGGUGGCCUUGGUGGACCUGGUGGACCUGGUGGACCCGGGAGGGGUCCCGGGUGGGGCAUGGGUGGUGGUGCCCCGGCGCCAGAGGGUGGUGAAACUCAGCCCUUUCAGGCAUUCAGAGGCACUGGCAUGCGACUGGGAGCAGAAGUGGCCCAGGAUGGUUUCCGAAAAGAAACUGCGAGCCUUUGUUUCACUUCGUUGAUACCUUCAGCGCCAGAGGAGAGGUCCCUUCAAAGUCCGCUUUCCGCAGAGCGAGAGCCCAAAAACGGGCCUGGAGAUGCUGCCAGUUUGCCCUUGGUGCUGUCCGCUGUGGCCGGAUUGGCAGCGCUGGUGGGCUGCAGAGGCGAGCGGCGCGCGCUUGCCAAUCGACGAGAGGCGAUCCUGGCCUGCAGCCUGCCCCUCGCAGCACCUGAGGCAGCAAAGGCACAAGCCCAGUACCAACUGGACAAUCGAACUGCCUACCUCAGAGAGAAGGCGCGCAUCUUGAACUUCGCGGCUGAUUGGUACCUCUUCGAUGUGAAACCUUUAGUCCACCCCACUGAGAACCUGGUGAGCGCAGAGAUGUGUAAGGAAAUGGGUCAGACCUGCCCGGACGUCAAGAGUCUGGCGGCUUUGAGGGAGAUGUACAAGGCCAACAUCGCUUCGAAUGCGGGAGCUGGCGCUGUGGUGUCAAAGUUCGAGCGCGAUGUGCUUUAUCCGAUGAAGGAUGUAUCGUUGAGCAAUGCGGUCGAUCCGGAUACCUCCGAGGAGUUACAAGAGGAUCCCCGGCAGCAGCACGGUAUGAUUUUCACCGUGACCUCCCUCGCCACUCCACGACGCCAGAUUUUCCAAAAGUUCGAAGUCAACCAGUUCCAGCUGGGCAAAGCGGCUAGAGAGGAGAAUCUGACGUUGGCUCGAAAGAAGUUUGAUGAGGGAAGGGAAAUCUACUUCGCACCAAUCCCUGUGGAUAACAAGGCCACUGACACGGAUAAAUAUUGGAUUCGUCGUGGACAGCGCUGGGAUGUGAAGAAGAAGGUCGAUAUGCUUUCGAAGAGAAACUUGUCAGCAAUAGCCCCUGACGCUCACAUGAGCAACAAGACGGCGCGUUUCUAUGCCAAGUCCAUCUUCGGUCUCUCGACGCGAAGGGCGAGCUGUGCGCCAGAUGUUUUUCGACAUCCAGGAGACAUUGCAGAAGGACUCAGCUGGGACUUGCGCGGAGACAGGCCAAUGUUACCCGUGCAGGUGCUCAUCUUGGGUGUCGCUGCGGGGCUCACCUUUGACUCGAGCGAUGUCCAGGUCUUUACGGUGCACCGGUGCACCGAUAUAGUGGAGAAGGCGAACACUUCUGGCCACGUGACAGAGGAGAGCAGCAUCUCGGUGUGUCGAAAACAUUAUCAAAGCAAAGAGACUUGCGGACUUUUGAGCGAGAUGCUGUCGCUGGCUUUGAUCCGUGGGGACUUCAACAAGUUUAGCUUCUGUGAGAUGAUGAGUUCCGCUCACGGCUGCUCUACAGCUAUGGAAGACUUCCUGUCUUCGGAUGUCGUGGCAGAUUUGGCCUUUGGCCACUGCCGCCGCUUGAGGCAGAACAAGACCUCCGAAUACUGCCAGCGUUUCAAGAGCGUCUUGAGCGCGGCCGUUAAGGCUAGUGAGACGGUCGACACCUUGCGUGAGUGCUACAUGCUUGAGUUGGAGCAAAAGUCCGAGUCAACGACUGCCACCACUACCCCUCUGGUUGUAGCUGUGGAGGCAGCUCCAUUAGCCAAGAUUGGAGGUUCCUCGGCGGGGGUCGACAGAGGUCAACAGGAGCUUGAGAAAUCAGGAAUUGUGCCUGCAGCGGUGCCUGUGGUGACUGCCCAGCCAGUCGUGGCCAUAGCAAAGGUGGUUGAGAACAACCAGAGUCGAGUGCCGAAUGCCUUGGUGGUGAAUGCGUCCUCCAUCCGCAGCGGAGUGAAUGCCUCCAUGAUGGUGAAUGGUACCAAAGGCCAAGCAUAUGCCGGUUUCCUCUCGAAGUUUGUUGGCUGA